AAUAAUACUGUUUGACUUCAUACGACGAUUAUUUUACACGGACUACCUACAAGCCUAAUGCAUUAGGGGAAAACAUGAUUUACAUAAUGCGCAUUUAAAUGUUUAGAGCGACGACGGAAGAACGAAUUUACACAUUUUAAUCGAAUUUCGACGGAUUUGUAAGACAUCACAAAUAACAAAAUGAAAUCAGAAGACACCGACACUGUCAAGUCAGCAAAAGCUGAUGUAUUUAUUGUGCAUAGUGCUGAAGACUCUUCACAAGCUGCUAUUAUAAACAAAACACUUGAAGAAUUUGGACUGAGUUCGUUUGACUAUAAAAGUGAACGCCAUGCAUUCACCAUCGGGAAACCAGUAUUCGACAAUAUUGUGUAUGCCAUAAAACACGCGGAAAUCGUGCUGAUUUUGGUUACAGAACAUUCCAUGAAAUCUCAUUGGGUGUCUUUAGAAACUCAAGUAGCACUGGAGAAUUCACAACGUGGAAACAUUCUGAGCGUUCGUUUGGUUUUUGCAGGCGUUUCAGAAAAAGAUAGGUUGGAAUUUAAGCACGGAAUGUUGGCCACAAUACCUGAUAUUGUAGUGGAUUUUAACAAAGAGCAUUGGAAAGAGUCCUUUAUAAAAAUGAUUAAAGAGAACAUACCGACACAGAAACUUCUCCCGGCAGGAAAUGUUGCACAUGGUCUUGUGUUCAACUAUUUCAGUGGUUACUUAACAUAUGUUCUGCCAGCCAUUUCAAAAUCGGUUGAGCAAGUGGACAUUUUCACAUCUGACAAAUUCUCAAAGAAGAUGUUUAUCGUCAUACCAGAAUCGUGUGACGUCACACCACUGGAAGGUAGUUAUGAAAACUUCGUGAUAGAAAAGAUGGACAAAACGCUCGAUAUUGAUGCCACGCAUGGUGACAAGAGACGAAAAUAUACUUUGACUAUUUACAAAAUCACGAAAGGAAGCGAGUUUUACUAUUUCUGCGCCGAUUGCCCGUUUAUAAUUGCUACAAUGUUAAAGAUGAAGACAAUGGGUUUUGCCAACAUUGAUUUACACUAUCAGGUGAUCAGGUUUUAUAUGACACUGAAGGAACUAGUCGAACAUCGCAGUAACCUGGAAUGCAAGGACACUGCAAACAUUAUAAUGUUUAAUAAACAAAAAUUUUCUUCAAGUCCUGCUCAGGAUAUAUGGACAGCAUUAGAGGCCGAACUUAACAAUUUAACAGACAUUGAACCGAAGGCAAUACAAAAAAGAAAUGGAGUUUUUGAAAACUGUGACAAGACAUGUAAAGUGACAGUGACUUACUCUGCAGAUAAAAACACAAAUCAGCCAUUGGUUGAUGAAAUAACAGACUUUCUAACAAAGCACAAUGUAAAUUUUACCUGCGACGAGUCAGAUGAGACUGACCUUGAAGCAACAGAUACAAAUUGGAGGAUUUUUGUUCUGACUGACACUUCAAUUAAAGACGGGAAUAUGAUACAUGAAUUUAAUGAAGCAAUGUCAAUUAGCAUUUCCAAAAACAAAGUGCAGGUCAUACCUAUUGUUGCAAAAGGUGUAAAUAUGAAAGAUAUUCCUUACAGUUUAAAAUGGAUAACUAUUUUAAGUGAAGAAGACCCUUGCUAUCUAGACACUAUGUGGAGUACUAUGCAAGAUGAGAGGAAUUUGGAGGAGCUCCUGCCUGCAGGCUCAUUGUAUGAGGGGCUGGCGUACUCGUACAUGUUAAAUUAUAUGUCUUUUAAUCUCGUCGGCAAAACUGAUAAUGGAAAAGACUUCAAAGAACGGUUUACGGAUGCAGUUACAAAGCGCGAACUUAGCUGCCAUAUUGUUCCUAAAGUGUUUGUUAUCGUACCGGAGUCAUGUGAAUUCCCCCCACCUGGCACACAAUUUGAACACGAGGAACACAUCGGACCUUUGGAACCAAUAGUUAUUGGCUCUCGUAAAUAUUUUCUUCAACUUUAUGUUCUGACGUUAUCAAAACCUGGAAAAUGGAAGGGACAGAGGGUUUGCUACGCCCGUGAGUAUGCCACGCCAGUUAUUGCCUUGAACGACAUGACCCGACUCCCGUUUGCCGGGUUAAGCGUGUCGGAAAUGAAGAAGCAGGCAAAACAAUUCGCAGAGUUUUCUAAUGAAAUAAUGAAACACGAAAAGUUCAACAAAGAAAUUGGAGAUGUGAAGGAUAAAUGCUCAAUCGUUUAUUUUGAAGAUGAUACACAUGGAAUGGCUGGUGUCACACGGCUUUUAGAAGAGCAAAUCAUCCAAUGUCUUGAGGAGGAUAAUUAUAUUAAACCAUCAUAGAACAAAAACUAUAUUAUUUAUCUGGCAUGCAGCUUAAACAUUUGUUAAAUCAUUUUCAGAUCCUCGCGUGAUUUACAAUCAAUGAAAAUUUAUGUGUGAAGAAAAUACGAAAUUUGACUACAUAUUUGGACAUUGUAGACAAGAAAAUAUGUUUUAUGUAAGCGAUAUGCAGAAUGGUGUUAUGCAGAUUAAAGUUAACCAUUUUGUAAUCAGCUAUACUUUUAAAAUUUAUAUAAUUUAUAUAAGAUUGGUGCACGCAUAAAAUGUUUAUCAUAUUGUUAGAUUUUAUGCAUGAACAUGAAAGAUGUGGGCGAAUAUUUGUAUACAUUAAGUUUCAGUGCAAUGUAUGGUUAUCGAGAGAAUUUCUGUAAUUAUGUUACAUUAUUUAUAAGUACAAUUGUUAUGUUUAUAAACAAACUUUAUUUAUUUUGCAUUCAUCAAUGUAUUAUUUAUUUUUUGUGUCAUAAUGUUUACAUAAUUGUAAUAUAAAAGGAAGCAGUUUACUUCCUAGCUCAACUAAAACCGAAGCUAUGUCUUGCCAUUUUGUAUCUUAUCAAUUCUAAUGAUAAUAACAACACAGACAAGAAGAAAAAAUAGUUUUGUAUGAAGUAACAGUAGCACAGUGGAUCUUAACAUGCAAAAAUGGACCAUGGAUACAAAUAAUGAUUUUUAUGUACAUUGUAAUUUAUCCUGGUGGUAUAUAAAAAAGAUUUUGAAUUGAUUUUUGGCUGGUUGCAAAGCGUAAAAAAUACAUGUAUCUAGGUUUCAUUGGCUUAACUUAUGAUAAAUAAAUACAAAAAUAAAUGUAUGAUUCUCGUAUCCAAGCAACGGUUGUACAGUGACGGUUAUCUGUUGAUUAAAUAAAACAUGUAUAUUUCAAUUGUCAAAGUGAAUAAAGGUUUUUCGUUCUUUACUUUUUGCAAUAAAGGUCAAUAAAUAUAACAAUAUUUUUAUACUAAAAACUACGAAAAGCAACAUUUAUAUUACAUAAUUCAAUGAUUUAUAGUUUUAUACCAUAGCAAAAUUUAUAAAUGAUGGGGAGAAAAAACUAUAAGACUUAUUUUAUGUCAUCCAGUACUAUUAACCAGACAGCACUGUGCGACAUUUCACAGAUAACAUGUACGAAUAUAUGAUAAGAUCCGAAUCAUUGUAACUGUUCGUGACCCUAUCGGUCAGAUUUUUACUUCCUCUUCUAAAACGAUCUCUUGAAAUGAAGUCACUAUGCCAUUUUCAAUUUUGCUCAUAGAAACAGCAUGUUGUCAAAUUUACAACUUCAAAUUUUUAAUUGAGUCUACAAGUAAUGAAAAUUUGGAUUUUUUUAAGAAAAAAAAGUGUAUUAUUAUAUAACAUAAAACGGUAAAUAAACGUGUCAAAUUCAUAAAAUGACCUAUAUUGCUCAUCAUUAUCAAAGAGGUCAAUAAAUGAACUAAAAGUGCAAGGUAUAAAUAUUUACUGAAAGCAUGAUUGUGUUUAAACCACAAAUACUAAAAUGAAAGAAAAAUACGUCAUGGUUAGUUUAGAGACUUUUGUAAACAAUACACAAGAUGUUUUUAAGUACACUUGUCAGUAUUGCACUCUUCAAAGUUAGUUUUGGUUAAAGAUACAACGAUUAUGAUCAUGUCAUUAUUAGAAUUUUAAUGUAUAUAAUACAUAUAAGCAUAAGAAAGAUUUUUGCACAAGCAUGAUUUGAAUGCAGUAGAAAGUUAACUUCAACAAAAUUUACAUGCCAUAGAUCGAGGGUGCAAUUUAAACAAUAUAUUAAUCCAUCCAAAUAUAACAAAAUGCAUGAUAUUAUGUAAGAAACAAAAAAGUAAUUAUUGUAAUGAACUUACUAUAUGUAUUGCAAAACAAAAAUAGAAAAUGUAAAAAUAUCAGGUGUUUAUAUUGAUAAUAACUUGUCCUAGAAUUACCAAAUUGAAGUGCUUUGUUCAAAUUUUAACUCAAAAAUAGCAUUAUUGAGGCGUAUAUAUUUGACAGAUGAAAUGAAAUAGUUAUUUUAUAAUGUCGAAGUUUGAUUAUUGCUGUACUGUUUGGAGCAAAGAAAAUUUAAGGUCUUUAAAUAGAAUAGGUAAAAUGCAAAACAUCUCGAAUAAGAAAUCAAGAUACCGGUAAUUAUACUGAAAGAACUUGGGUGGAUGCCGUUCAAUGAACGAUGCAAUUUUCAUACUGUAAAGCUUGCAUUAAUCUAGCUCCAUCUUAUAAAUCUGAAAAUUUGACUUUUUCUAGCAAUAAAAUUGACAAUUCAAGAUCACCAUCACAUGAUGACAUAGCUAUACCUAAACAACGGACAAAUAAUGGUAAAAACACUGUUUGUAACAUUGGUGCAAAGAUUUGGAAUAGAAUACCAUCUAAUAUCCCUUCUUCUAAUUCUCUGACAUCUUUUAAAAAUAAAUAUAAAACAUAUCUUGCAGAGCAAAUAAAUAUCUUCAUAACUAUGUCAUUUUGUUAUCAUACUUAUUAUGCAUGUAUAUUUGUUAAUAUAUUUGUAUAUGAAAAUCUAUAAAUAUUUAAUAUCUACAAAAAGCGUUUGUCUGAAAAAGUUAGAGGGCAAAAGUUGUAGUUGUUUUAUGAUGUUUUGUGUUUGUGUUUCUAUAUAUAUUGUUUAGAAAGCCAAAUUUAAAUUUAAGAUAUGUUAUUUGU